AUGUUUAAGAGGGUCUCGACGGUCCUGGUAAGGCGUUGUAAUAGACUGAUUUCCACAAAAGCUGAGGGAUCCAAUGUUAUGUGGUACUAUGCUACCGAUGUACCUACGACUAAACCAUUUGAGCCGAACUAUUCCAUCGGGGACAAACAACCCAGCAAAUUCAUGCCUUUUUCCAAGAGUGACUCGUCUAGACUGGAACGAAUGUUCCAACUAGCCAGUUUCAGGGAUUCCAAUGAACCAUCCCGGUUUAAUACUGUUCCUGUGAAUGAAGACUAUUUAUUCGAAGUGGACUUGCCCAAGCGAGAAAUGCGACCAGCAUACUGGGCAGGACCCACUUACGAAGUACGACGUGGAUUAUGGUUCAAUUCUGAAGGUCUUCCCAUCAAAGAAGAUAUGGCCUCAGAACUUGAGAAACAUCGUCAAGAAUAUUUGGCAGAUAGGGAAACCCAGGUACAAUGUCAAGAUUCAAAGCCAAAAGAGGGUAUGAGGGAUGUUUUCAGGCUAUCUAAAAAUCACAAGGAGGGAAACAUGGUCCUUUAUGCGGACCCCACGACCGCUUUUAUCUUACCUGAACUUUACGGCGGCAAGCUUCAGCUAAACUGGUUGAGAAGUCAUUUGGCUCAGGCCGUACAGUUUGGGGCAUAUAAAGCGGUCAGAGGUGUUGAUACGAACUGUUCGUUGACGGACGCUGUUAAGAAUAAUGUUCAGGAAGAAAUUCAAGACACAGGUAAAAGUCUCGGCAAAGUAACGGAUCUCAUCAAUUGGCAGCUCUUGGGUCUCCUGACGGGCCUCAACCCAUUGGCGUCUUCCAAAGAUUCUAACAACAAAAUCAUGGAGAAAGAGGUUGGAGCGGACUACUCAACGGAGACAUCAAACGGGGAACAAACGCACUCAAACCAUAGAGACGUGGAUCAUCUAGUGUUCUGCAUUCAUGGAAUAGGGCAGAACUUAGGUAAAAAAUACCAGUAUGUGAACUUUGUUCACACGGUCAAUGUACUACGAGCCAACUUGAAGAAAAUGUAUGGGACGAGUGAUCAACUUAAGGAUUUAAACAAGAAAAAGGGCCAUGCAGAUUGGGAGCACAACUGUCGCGCUCAAGUAUUACCCAUAACAUGGAGGCACAAAAUAGGAUUCAACACCGACGAUUUACAAGUGAACUCAGAGGACGCGACAUUGCCUACCCUUAGUGAUAUCACCGUUGAUGGUGUGAGGCCACUACGCAAGAUUUUGGGUGAUGUAGUGCUUGAUCUUCUGCUGUACGGUGAGUCUCAUUACAAGCAUCGAAUCAUGCAGGAAGUGACACAACAGCUGAACGAACUUUACAGUGUGUAUCGGGCGCGAAACCCCAGUUUUGAAGGUAAAGUGCACAUAGUGGGCCAUUCACUCGGGGGUUUACUCAUAUUCGACAUCCUUGCGAACCAGGAUAGAUAUCCACUGGAUUUUGAAGUAGAUAACUUCUUUUCCGUGGGAUCACCGACAGGCGUUUUUAAGCUGAUCCAAAAAACGAAACUGAACCAUCGCAAGACUCUAUCGACCACAACCAAAACCGAAACGCCACAAUGUCAAAACCUGUUUAAUAUUUUCCAUGUGUGCGAUCCUAUCGCCUUCAGACUUGAGCCUUUGAUCGACAGAUCUUUCGCCAAACUGCAACCUGCAUACGUCCCACACUGGACAAGUAACGAUUUCACUUCCAAAUUAGUCGAACUUGGUGGCUCCCUAAUUACAACCGAUCCCAAGAAAGAGGGCUCUACUAUCACAAUGACUGACCGAAGCAUCCAAAUGUUGAAUAAACUAAAUCAUUCCGGUAGGGUCGACUACGCAUUUUUACCGAAUUUCCUCGAAGUUGACUUGAUUUCUGCAAUCAAAGCACACGUCAGCUACUUCGAGGAAAUGGACUUGGCAGCGUUCAUUCUCAAGCAAAUGCUAUCCAAAAGACGUAGGAUUGACACUGGUCUGUUGGCCCAGAAGCGUAGCGACACAGGCGUCGAAAAUGAUUGA